AUGGCCAUAACACAGAAGAGCCACGGCUCUCAAACACCUCCUUCCCUGCCGGAAGCACGGAUAGGAAAGAAAAAGUGCAGAGAGCUAGAAAUGGAUAAGACGUUGAUCAUCGUGUGCUCUGUGGUCGGGUCUCUAGGAGCGUUGAGUGCCAUCUUGGGGUUCUCGGCUGAGGGGGCCAAGCUGACUCCAGAUAAGAUACUGAUUUAUCGCGACGAGUGCAUCUACCCGCAGAACCCGGCGCUCGGGCUGGGGAUCUGCGCCGCCAUCUUCCUGCUGGCGGCUCAGGUCACGUCCGCGGCGGUCGGCGGCUGCUGCGGCUGCUGCAAGUCCCGCUCCAUCCCUUCGGAGACCAAGCGGGUCGCCGGCGUCGUCUGCGCCGUCGUCUCGUGGAUCGCGGCGGCGAUGGCGUGGGUGCUGCUCAUAGUAGCAGCGUCGUGGAACGCCAACGUGGUGCGGGAGGACGCGCCGUUCUGCCCCUACCUCAAGGACGGCAUCUUCGCCGGCGGCGGCGUGCUCUCCCUCGCCGCCACGGCGCUCGGCAUCGCCUCAUACGUCAUGAUGCGGACGCAGCGGGUGAAAGCGGCGGCGGCACCUGCCAAGGGAGAACCUCCUCGGCUCACUCCAGCUGCUGCCCAAGGCGGCAAUGGACCAGACGCACCGAACGUCCAGGAGUCGCCCACUACUCAGGAUCCCCCAGCUGACGCCCCACAGCAGCAGGCGGUGGCACCAUCCGCGCCGCCCCUGGAAUCAGCUGGCGAUCUGCCGCCGGCCGCGAUGGGCCAACAGCUGGUGCUGCAGCAGCAGCAGCAGCCUGCUGCUGCUACACCUUCGCAAGGGGAUGGGCUAUCAACAGUUGUUCGCAAUGAGGUAGCUAAGCAAGGAAUUAGAUUGGCUGCGAAGGUGGUGGAGCAUUCCCUUCUUUCCUGA